CAGGCGUGGGAGCAGAGUCCGAGUAGCGACCGCGAGAGUCAUGGCCGGACAAGCAUUUAGGAAGUUUCUCCCUUUGUUUGACCGAGUGUUGGUCGAAAGGAGUGCAGCUGAAACUGUAACCAAAGGAGGCAUUAUGCUUCCAGAAAAGUCUCAAGGAAAAGUAUUGCAAGCCACAGUAGUGGCCGUGGGAUCGGGCUCUAAAGGAAAGGGUGGAGAGAUUCAGCCAGUUAGUGUGAAAGUGGGUGAUAAAGUUCUUCUUCCAGAAUAUGGAGGCACCAAAGUAGUUCUAGAUGACAAGGAUUAUUUCUUAUUUAGGGAUGGUGACAUUCUUGGGAAGUAUGUCGAGUGAAUACAUCACUGAAAUGGCAUCAUGUGAAGCUGCCCAUUCCAUGGAAGUUCUGAGAUCUUUCAUCAUGUAAAUAAUUUCCGUAUCUCCCUUUUUAUAAUAAACUGCUGGU